GUACGUAAUCGCCGUGAAGUAUGGACACGGCAGCAGAGGGGCGCUGCUUCCCCCAAAAAUGAAUAUUUCAUCAACUGGUGUGAUACCAACAUCUGUGCAGACAUUCAGUGUCCAGUUAUUAUGCACUGGCUCCAAAAAUGCAGAAAUAAUUGUCGAAAUACAACUGUCUGUCAGCACUCAUAAAAAAGCGAAUGCCACAACUUUAAGGUUUAGAAGAAACAAAAUUUGCCUCAAAAAUAUGGGCACAUCCCGAAACGACUCAAUCAAGUAUGAAGCAGGAGACAUGGGACCUACGACAGGGUCUCUCUACGUUGCUGCAGCUUGUGCCCUUGCGCUAAUUACUUUGGCGGUUGUCGUGGUUUCAGCUGUUUGCGUCAAAAGAAAAAGCAGAAACCAGGAACCAACAUACAUGACUGCACUGUAUGACAGCAACCCUCACAUGUUUUUGCGUUCGGGACUGGGCAGGCCACCAAGUGCGGAGAGUGGAAGCUACGCGACAAUCGCCAGCGUCCACAAGGGCCCCCCAUCUCCCUCACCAUACGCCACCAGCGAUGCUUGCCAGUUAUAUUCCUCCAGCGAUCCAGGCCGAGUGUCAUAUUAUGCUUCUUCACAAAUCAUGCUAAUUUCUCAGAUGUCCAUGCUCGAUCCACGUCAAACCGAUCCCACCAAACGGUUGCGCACUCUCUCGGUCUCACGAGACACUGUUGCGUUGAGCCGUCUGGUGCAAGAGGGCAUCUACGGUCGAAUAUAUCAAGGAACCUACCGAACGCAGCAAGUCACCAUCAAAACCUUGAAUGAUACUGCAUCCAAACGGGUGGUUAGUUCAUUCUUGGCUGAGGGUAGCAUGUUAUACGGCAUGGAACACAAAAACGUCUUGACCAUCAUCUGUGCUAAUUUGGACGACCCGAAACAACCACUACUCAUAUAUCCCUUUACCAACAGGGGCAACUUGAAAAAAUUCCUCAUAAAAUGUCGACAAAAGAAGAACCAGAUAGUACUAUCAACACAAAACUUGGUGGACAUAGCCAUUCAAAUUUUAUUGGGAAUCAUGUAUCUGCAUGGCCAACAUAUUUGCUACAAGGAUAUCGCCACCAGAAAUGUCGUAAUUGAUGACAAGCUCCAAGUCAAAAUUACCGACAACUCCUUGUCACGUGAUCUAUUUCCAAAUGAUUACUUCUGCCUGCAGUGUCAAGAAAGCAAACCCGUCAAAUGGAUGGCACUGGAGAGUUUGCUCUACAAUCAAUACACCGCUGCAUCCGAUGUGUGGGCCUUCGGAGUAGUCCUGUGGGAACUGACGACUAUGGCACAACAGCCGUACCCGGACGUAGAUCCGUUCGAGUUAGGGGUUUUCCUUAGGAAUGGAAUGAGGUUACGUCAACCCCUGGGCUGCCCAGACCAACUUUUUGCUUUAAUGAACUACUGUUGGGCCCACCAUCCAGCAGAAAGGCCACAUGUUAACCAGAUGCUGGCCUUCCUUCAGGAGUUCUACACAGCUUUGUGCAGAUUCGUCUAAACAGACUCUAAACAAAAUUAAAAUCAGUCAGAAUCUGCCCCUGUUAUAAUUGUUGUGCAAAUAUUAUAAAAACAGUCAAAUUUGUGCGGUAUUUGAAUUUAUACAUUUUCAUUUUUUAUACAUUCACAUAAACAAUUCAUUUUUUUAAUUUCGAAAUUUGAAGCUAGUCACUUUACAGGUAUAUUUAUUUUAACGAUUUUAAAAAGAGCUGAAACAAUCAAUUAAGAUUAAAAAGAAGAAAGAAGCUGGAAUAGAAUAAAGAAGAAGUGCUAAGAAGAAAGAAGAUGCCUGUCAGCUCUUCACGGGUAUGAUUUAUUUUUACUUUAAUUUUUUUGUUACUGAUUUGGCCGUUUUGUUAAAUAUUUAGAGAUAUAUUUAAAAAAAAAUCUAGAAAAGAGCUAUUUUUUAUACAGAAUUUCUAUAUUUUUGAGGAUCUACUCCGUGAGUUAAUCUGAUUUUACUAGUGUGAAAAUAGUAACACAAAUAUUGUAUUAAUGUCCAAAACCACUGAAGACGACUCUAUGUCAUUAAGAUCUAUUAUAAUAUCUAAAUUUGUUGUGCAGAUUCAAAUCCUGACAAGACUUUUCGUUACGCGACACUUCGUAACAUCGACAGUUCGUAACUACAACUAUUCGUAACGGUGUAAUUCGUAAUGUCAAAAUUGAAUUAUUUUGUUAAUUUUUGUUGACGUGGAAACCAACUUUUUUGACAACAAGAAAUAUGAACCAGUUCAAAUAUAUCGCCUAAAAUUUGAUAUGGUAUAUUGGUAAGAACAAUUUAAAUAACGGCAAUGGUUUUGGCUGGUGUGAGUGGGUGUCUUAUUUAAUACAAUAUUUGUUAUUGAGUGAGAUAUUUCUACAAAAGACUAACAGAAAAAACCGCGAGGAAUAAGCCUUCAAAUCGACCAAUAUUGCCUCGCUGUGAUUUUGAAAUGGUAAGAGGUGUUUUUAGUAAGUCUCUGUUGGGAAUAUCUCGACUUAUUGUAAACCAAACGUUUAGUUAUUUGGGGCGGUCUGUUGUAAAUCUCAUGUAACUAGGUGUUUCAAAUAUGGUUAAAAGAUGCAUGGACAAGACAAUACAUUUGUUCACAAAAUUUCUUUUACAGUUAAACUUUUACAGUUAAAAUAUUCUACAAAAUAUAAGGAUAAAGUAUUCUACAUACAUAGGUUCUUGAUUCUUUUAUCGAUUUCUUUGUUUCUUCAAUGUUUCCAUUUUUUCUUUAAUUUAUGAUAAAUGUCUCUCUCUAAAUCGUUUCUCUAUUUGCUUGCAAUAUUUUCUGAUUAUUUCUUCAUUAUCGUAAUUCUAGUUUUAUUUUUACCAGGCGCUUUUCAUUCAAAUGAAACUUUAAGCUAAAGAUAAGCUCAAUACAGAUUUAAUCGUCAAACUCUGUAAAAAUUCUCUUAAAUACACUUCUCCAGUAAGUUUUGUGGCUGCUUUGAUAUUUUUAGAGGAAUUUGUUGAACCAUAAAUGAAAUGAAAACUGUUUUUCUUGACAUUAAGAUAUAUUUUGGAAGCGAUUUUCAAAAAGUCUUAAAGUCAAAUAAAAUAUCUCUACUUACCUGUAUUUAUGGUUCAUUCUCAAAAAUAUAAUAAUUAUAACCAAAGUGUGUUUAGCAGCUUCUCUAGGUAUUUUAAAAUACAAAAUGCAAGCAAAGCUUUUAAGUAUUAUAUAGCAAAUAAAGAUAUUUAAAAUAAAUAUUGUGUAGAAAUAUACCUAAAUCGUAUACAUGCAUCUUUAAACUACUAUUCAGCUAUUCAAUACUGUAUAUUUUUUAUUUCCUUUGAAAUUUUUCGACGAAACACUUAUCCAAUGAGAAGUGAGACACAGUAAACCUUUUCAAAAAGUUUUUUUUUACAAAUAAGCAACAAUACGGCCAGCAAUGACUGACAGUCAGUCAAGGAUCGCAAAAAAAGUAAAAAAGGAGACAAUGCAAAGAUUCAUAUUUUACAACUUUCAUACCAAAGCUAAGCUCGAGAAACACGUGAUCGGUGGAUGUGUUGUGUGCUGCCUAUUUAUCAUUGUUUAGAAAUUGAUUUCUAAACAGUGAAAAUGUGGCGACCACACGACACAUCCACCGAGCAAUGACCUCGAGCUUAGCUUGGAAACGAACGUAGAAAUAUUACCCAAAGAAAGAAGAAACAUACGAAACUAAAGCUCCAAUUCACUUGACACUUGACCACCAAAACAAAGACGUAACAAUGCGGCCAGUAAUGACUGACAGUCAAGGAUCGCAAAAAAAAAGUAAAAAAGGAGACAAUACAAAGACUCAUAUUUUACAACGUUGAUACCAAAACUAAGCUCGAGAAACACGUGAUCGGUGGAUGUGUUGUGUGGUCCUUAUUUGUCAUUGUUUAGAAAUUGAUUUCUAAACAAUGAAAAUGUGGCGACCGCAUGACACAUCCACCGAGCACUGACCUCGAGCUUAGCUUGGAAACGAACGUAGAAAUAUCACCCAAAGAAAGAAGAAACAUACGAAACUAAAGUUCCAAUUCACUUGACACUUGACCACCAAAACAAAGACGUAACAAUACGGCCAGCAAUGACUGACAGUCAGUAAAGGAUCGCAAAAAAAAGUAAAAAAUAGACAAUGCAAAGAUUCAUAUUUUACAACGUUCAUAGCAAAGCUAAGCUCGAGAAACACGUGAUCGGUGGAUGUGUUGUGUGCUGCCUAUUUAUCAUUGUUUAGAAAUUGAUUUCUAAACAGUGAAAAUGUGGCGACCGCACGACACAUCCACCGAGCAAUGACCUCGAGCUUAGCUUGGAAACGAACGUAGAAAUAUCACCCAAAGAAAGAAGAAACAUACGAAACUAAAGCUACAAUUCACUUGACACUUGACCACCAAAACAAAGACGUAACAAUACGGCCAGCAAUGACUAACAGUCAGUAAAGGAUCGCAAAAAAGUAAAAAAGGAGACAAUACAAAGAUUCAUAUUUUACAACGUUUAUACCUAAGCUCGAGAAACACGUGAUCGGUGGAUGUGUUGUGUGGUCCUUAUUUGUCAUUGUUUAGAAAUUGAUUUCUAAACAAUGAAAAUGUGGCGACCGCACGACACAUCCACCGAGCAAUGACCUCGAGCUUAGCUUGGAAACGAACGUAGAAAUAUUAACCAAAAAAGAAGAAGCAUACGAAACUAAAGCUCCAAUUCACUUGACACUUGACCACCAAAACAAAGACGUAACAAUACGGCCAGCAAUGACUAACAGUCAGUAAAGGAGUAAAGGAUCGCAAAAAAGUAAAAAAGGAGACAAUGCAAAGAUUCAUAUUUUACAACGUUCAUACCAAAGCUAAGCUCGAGAAACACGUGAUCGGUGGAUGUGUUGUGUGGUCCUUAUUUGUCAUUGUUUAGAAAUUGAUUUCUAAACAAUGAAAAUGUGGCGACCACACGACACAUCCACCGAGCAAUGACCUCGAACUUAGCUUGGAAACGAACGUGGAAAUAUCACCCAAAAAAAGAAGAAGCAUACGAAACUAAAGCUCCAAUUCACUUGACACUUGACCACCAAAACAAAGACGUAACAAUACGGCGAGUAAUGACUGAUAGACAGUCAAGGAUCGCAAAAAGAGGAAAAAAGGAGACAAUACAAAGAUUCAUAUUUUACAACGUUCAUACCUAAACUCGAGAAACACGUGAUCGGUGGAUGUGUUGUGUGGUGCCUAUUUAUCAUUGUUUAGAAAUUGAUUUCUAAACAGUGAAAAUGUGGCGACCACACGACACAUCCACCGAGCAAUGACCUCCAGCUUAGCUUGGAAACGAACGUAGAAAUAUUAACCAAAAAAGAAGAAGCAUACGAAACUAAAGCUCCAAUUCACUUGACACUUGACCACCAAAACAAAGACGUAACAAUACGGCCAGCAAUGACUAACAGUCAGUAAAGGAUCGCAAAAAAAGUAAAAAAGGAGACAAUACAAAGAUUCAUAUUUUACAACGUUCAUACCUAAGCUCGAGAAACCCGUGAUCGGUGGAUGUGUUGUGUGGUGCCUAUUUAUCAUUGUUUAGAAAUUGAUUUCUAAACAGUGAAAAUGUGGCGACCACACGACACAUCCACCGAGCAAUGACCUCCAGGGCCUGGAUUCCGUGCCUAUCGGAAUAUUCCUACCUAUUCCUACAGUCGCCUUCUAUCGAUGUCAAUUGUCAUGAAAAUAUUUUAAUUUUUAGCUUUAAUUGAAUUAUUUUCUAGUUUUGCUAGGUUAUACUCUAAUUGAUGCUGAAGUGACACUUAGUAAAACAAGAAAAUAUUUGAAUUAAAACUAAAAAUUCAAAUAUUUUCAUGACAAUUCUCAUCGACAGAAAGCGACUGUAGAUAUCUACAGUGCACGGAAUCUAGGCCCAGAUUAGCUUGGAAACGAACGUAGAAAUAUUAACAAAAAAAGAAGAAGCAUACGAAACUAAAGCUCCAAUUCACUUGACACUUGACCACCAAAACAAAGACGUAACAAUACGGCCAGCAAUGACUAACAGUCAGUAAAGGAUCGCAAAAAAGUAAAAAAGGAGACAAUGCAAAGAUUCAUAUUUUACAACGUUCAUACCAAAGCUAAGCUCGAGAAACACGUGAUCGGUGGGUGUGUUGUGUGGUCCUUAUUUGUCAUUGUUUAGAAAUUGAUUUCUAAACAAUGAGAAUGUGGCGACCGCAUGACACAUCCACCGAGCAAUGACCUCGAGCUUAGCUUGGAAACGAACGUAGAAAUAUUAACCAAAAAAAGAAAAAGCAUACGAAACUAAAGCUCCAAUUCACUUGACACUUGACCACCAAAACAUAGACGUAACAAUACGGCCAGCAAUGACUAACAGUCAGUAAAGGAUCGCAAAAAAGUAAAAAAGGAGACAAUACAAAGAUUCAUAUUUUACAACGUUCAUACCUAAGCUCGAGAAACACGUGAUCGGUGGAUGUGUUGUGUGGUCCUUAUUUGUCAUUGUUUAGAAAUUGAUUUCUAAACAAUGAAAAUGUGGCGACCGCACGACACAUCCACCGAGCAAUGACCUCGAGCUUAGCUUGGAAACGAACGUGGAAAUAUCACCCAAAGAAAGAAGAAGCUUACGAAAUUAAAGCUCCAAUUCACUUGACACUUGAUUACCAAAACAAAGACGUAACAAUGCGGCCAGUAAUGACUGAAAGUCAAGGAUCGCAAAAAAAAGUAAAAAGGAGACAAUACAAAGAUUCAUAUUUUACAACGUUCGUAGCAAAGCUAAGCUAGAGAAACACGUGAUCGGUGGAUGUGUUGUCUGCUGCCUAUUUAUCAUUGUUUAGAAAUUGAUUUCUAAACAGUGAAAAUGUGGCGACCACACGACACAUCCACCGAGCAAUGACCUCGAGCUUAGCUUGGAAACGAACGUAGAAAUAUUAACCAAAAAAAGAAGAAGCAUACGAAACUAAAGCUCCAAUUCACUUGACACUUGACCACCAAAACAAAGACGUAACAAUACGGCCAGCAAUGACUAACAGUCAGUAAAGGAUCGCAAAAAAGUAAAAAAGGAGACAAUACAAAGACUCAUAUUUUACAACGUUGAUACCAAAACUAAGCUCGAGAAACACGUGAUCGGUGGAUGUGUUGUGUGGUCCUUAUUUGUCAUUGUUUAGAAAUUGAUUUCUAAACAAUGAAAAUGUGGCGACCGCACGACACAUCCACCGAGCACUGACCUCGAGCUUAGCUUGGAAACGAACGUAGAAAUAUUAACCAAAGAAAGAAGAAGCAUACGAAACUAAAGCUCCAAUUCACUUGACACUUGACCACCAAAACAAAGACGUAACAAUACGGCGAGUAAUGACUGAUAGUCAGUCAAGGAUCGCAAAAAGAGUAAAAAAGGAGGCAAUGCAAAGAUUCAUAUUUUACAACGUUCGUAGCAAAGCUAAGCUCGAGAAACACGUGAUCGGUGGAUGUGUUGUGUGCUGCCUAUUUAUCAUUGUUUAGAAAUUGAUUUCUAAACAGUGAAAAUGUGGCGACCACACGACACAUCCACCGAGUAAUGACCUCUAGCUUAGCUUGGAAACGAACGUAGAAAUAUUACCCAAAGAAAGAAGAAGCGUACUAAUGUAACAUAUUGUUCAGAGUUCAGAAACCACCAUAUGAAUUCCGUUCAAUAAGGUGUUAAAAUCGGUGGUGAAAAUAUUAAUAACAUCAGAUAUGCAGAUCACAUCGUCAUAAUGACAGAGAGUCUAGAAGAACUUCAAACCCUGUUGAACGCUGCAAACAACGAAUGCACUGAAAAGGGCUUAACAAUCAAUGCAACGAAAUCAGAAUGGAUGGUGGUCGGAAAAAUUAAUAUCGAAGACUCAGUAGGUACUAAAAGUACUGAGGAUGUUUCAGCUUGUUAAAUACGACGAUCGCCAACGCUGGAAAACAAACACGGCACACAAAGAAGAAGAUAAGGAUUCCUGUCAUAAAUAACAAUUCUAGUAUUGUCUCCUGGAUUAGGUUCCUUUAUUUUUCAAAAUGUUUCUACAACAGAGAGAAUAAAGAUUGAGUUUGGCAUUGGCUUUUUUGGACUAUCUAAUUUGAAA